UUUUAGCUCCUCAUACAACAGUAGGUAUAUCACAGCGAGGCGUAUCAAAGAGCCGAAAAUAAAUAAAUUCUAGAGAGAUCCAACUGAAGAAAUGGGUUGAUUUAGAAAAACCCACAAGGAGUUGUUAUUCACUUUUGAAGCUGCUAAUCCCAAUUUUGAUUUCAUGUUCUUGGGACUAAUAGAUCAAGAUAUAUAAAACCCAUUACUAAGCGUUGAAUUGGGUGCCGUAUACUCGUUUCUGAGGCCAUAUUUGUUUCCCUGGCUCACAUUUUGCUUAAAGUUUGAACAAUAUUUGAGAAGCAAUCUGCAUAGUUUGUAUUAUGAACUUGAAUUGGAUUUCAGUGAUCAGGGACUAAUAGAACAAGGCUUAUAAAUCAAUAACUAAGCAUUGAAUUGGGUGUCUCAAAGUUCUAGUAUAUUUGUUUUCAAAAGCUAUAAUUUUUUUCCUGGCUCACAUUUGCUGAGUUGAACGAAUUUUGAGGAGAAAUCUACAUAAUUUGUAACAUAAACUUGGGAAGAUGGCAGCUUUUUCGCAUCAAGAUUCUCGACGUAUGUACUCUUGGUGGUGGGAUAGUCACAUCAGCCCCAAAAACUCAAGAUGGCUUCAGGAGAAUCUCACAGAUAUGGAUGCCAAGGUUAAAGGAAUGAUCAAACUCAUAAAUGAAGAUGCUGAUUCUUUUGCAAGGAGAGCAGAGAUGUACUAUAAGAAACGUCCAGAGUUAAUGAAAUUUGUUGAAGAAUUCUAUAGAGCAUACCGUGCAUUGGCUGAAAGAUAUGAUCAUGCAACUGGGGUGAUCCGGCACGCCCACCGGACCAUGACAGAUUUAGGACUUGGAGACGAUUCACCUGCAGGUUCUGAUCCUCAAACACCGGAGCUAACCUCAAUGCUUAGUCUUUUUGAACUUGAAGAACUGCAGAAAGAUGCUGUUGGAGUCGCUGCAUCUAAUACUCAUGAUCUCAGGAGCAAUGGAGGAUUCACAGAUGAGUCACACUCAGUGAUGAAAAGAAAAGUAUUCAAGCAGCGCAAUAAUUUGUUUGGAUCUGGAGACCAGGGAAGGUUUGCUGACGGAAGGGUUAGGAAGGGUCUGAAUUUUAGUGAGGCAGACGAGAAAGGAGUGCAGACCAAUGGGAGCAACAGUUUCCAAACUCGGGCACUUCCAGAUUCAGAGCAUGUGGUUGAAUCUGAGGAGAUUCUGAAGUUAAAGAAAGCUCUUGCCCAAGUGGAAGCUGAGAAAGAAGCAGGCCUUAUUCAGUACCAACAGACAUUGGAAAAAUUAUCUCACCUGGAGUCAGAAGUGUCUCGUGCCAGAGAAGAUUCCCGAGGAUUUGGUGAACGAGCAAGCAAAGCUGAAGCUGAAGCCCAGACCUUAAGGGAUGCACUUUCUGCAUUGGGAGCUGAGAAGGAAGCUAAUCUUAAGCAGUAUCAGAAGUCCUUAGACAUGAUUUCUGAGUUGGAGAAUACUGUGUCCCAUGCUCAAGAGAGCUCUGUUGCAAUUGGUGAAAGAGCUUGCAAAGCUGAAGCUGAAGCUCAAUCUUUAAGAGAAGAUCUUGCAAACGUAGCAGCUGAAAAAGAUGAAGCCCUUAAGCAAUACAUGCAAUCUCUGGAGAUGAUAGCAAAGCUGGAAAACAAAUUGCAGUGUGCUGAAGAAGAUGCGAAAAAAUUAACUGAGAGAGCUGAAAAAGCAGAAAGUGAGAUCGAAUUUCUCAAGCAAGACAUCCUAAAAUUGACUGGGGAAAAAGAAGCUGCAGCUAUGCAGCUCCAGCAAUGCUUGGAAACCAUCUCCACUUUAGAGCAUAAGCUAUCUUGUGCCAAAGAGGAGGCUCAAAGGUUGAAUGCAGAGGUCAAUAACGGAGUUGCCAAGUUAGAAGAUGCCGAAGAACGCUGCCUUUUGUUAGAAAGAUCCAAUAAAUCUCUUCAUUCUGAGCUGGAAUCUCUGACACUGAAGAUGGGUGUGCAAAAUCAAGAGCUUACGGAAAAGCAGAAGGAACUGGGAACAUUGUGGACUUGUGUACAAGAAGAACGUUUGCGUUUUGUUGAGGCUGAAACUGCUUUCCAAACUCUGCAGCAUCUUCAUGCCAAAGCUCAGGAAGAAAUGAGGGCUCUUGCUUCAGAGCUUCAGAAUCGGUUACAGGUGUUAAAGGAUUUAGAAACUCAUAAUCAAACAUUGCUGGGUGAAGUCCAGAAGGUUAUAGAGGAGAACAAGAGCCUCAGUGAGAUAAAUGUAUCAUCAGCUAUAUCCAUGAGGGAUAUGCAAAAUGAGAUAUCUAGCUUAAGUGAAGCGAAGGGGAAACUUGAGCUAGAGGUUGAGCUUCGAAUGGACCAAAGAAAUGCUCUUCAGCAAGAAAUCUACUGCCUUAAGGAAGAACUUAAUGAUCAUAACAAGAAACUAUUAUCUAUUGUGACACAGGUGCAGGCAGUGGGCCUUGAUCCAGAAUGCUUUGAAUCAUCUGUGAAGGAGCUGCAGGCUGAAAAGACAAAUCUUGGAGAAACCUGUGAGAGGGAAAGAAGUGAAAAGGUAGCUCUUCUGGAGAAGCUACAAGUGUUUGAGGAGCUUCUUCAGAAGAACUCCAUUCUGGAAAACUCACUGUCAGAUUUGAAUGCUGAACUAGAAGCUGUGAGAGGCAGUUUAAAGGCAUUAGAAAACUCUUGUCAAUCUCUUCUAGACGAGAAAUCUGCACUUUUCAAUGACAAAGGUACUUUAACUAGUGAGCUACAGGUAACCAUUGAGAAUCUGGAAGAAGUGUCAGCUAAGAAUACUGUUCUGGAAAAUUCCCUUUCUGAUGCGCAUGCGGAACUUCAAAGCUUAAAGGUAAAAUCAAAGAGCUUAGAGGAAUCAUGUGAAGUACUAGUCAAAGAGAAAGCAGAUCUUGGUCGUGAAAAGGAAGAUCUAUUUUCUCAGUUGCAAGCUGCACAAAUUGCACUGCAUGAUCUGGAGGGAAGGUAUUCAGGACUGGAACAAAGACAUUCAACCUUGGAGAAAGAGAAGGAAUUGACACUUCAUGCAUUAGAAGAGCUUAGGAUUUCUUUGGAUGCAAAAAACUGUGAACAUGACAGUUUUGUCCACACGACUGGGGUACGGUUGGCUGGCAUGGAAUCAGAGAUGCAUCUUUUGCAGGAAGAAUGUCAAUUAAGAAAGAAAGAUUUUGAUGAGAUUCUAGAAAAAGCCAUUGAGUCUGACAUUCUCAACUUCACCUUACAGACAUCUUCCCUAGAUCUUGAAGGAAAGGGAUCUUCUUUGCUGAGUGAGUAUCAGAAGCUUUUGGAAGCAUCUGCAUUUUGUAAAACUUUGAUUUCUGAUUUAAAGCACAAGAAUGUUGAACAAAAAUUGGAAAUGACAUCCUUGUCAGAUCAAGUUAGUAUUCUGAGAAAUGGGAUAUUCAAGUUGCUGAAGGCUCUUGAUAUUGUUCCAAACCAUGCAUGUCAGGACAGGAAAGACCAAGUACAUCUUGACCAUAUUUUUCGUAGAGUUGAAGUUUCUAAAGAAUCCUUCUACAAAACUGAGGAAGAAAAUCAUCGGAGGGCUAUUCAGAUGCAUGUUCUUGUCACAUUGCUGGAGCAAUUAAAACUAGAGGUGGACGCACUUGAUGCUGAAAAAACAAUUAUUAGCCAGGAGUCGAAUUUCAAAUCAGAGCAAUUAUUGGCGUUGCAGAGUGAAGCUGCUGCGCUCAUAGAGGUUAGUGAAGAACUGAAAUUGAAAAUAAGGGAGAAAGAUCAUAGAGGGGAACUGCUAGAAAUUGAAAAUUGUGACCUGUCAAAAGCAUUGCAGUUGGCAGAAGAUGAGUUGAAGACUGUUAAAAGUAUGAUGGAUCAGCUCAAUUUUCAAGUAGUUGCUUGCAAAAAUCUGUCGUCUGAGAAGGACACUGAGCUUCAGGGAAUGGAACAGAAGCUUUAUCUUACUGAAACUGAGAAAGCUGUGUUGCAUCAAAUUUUGAUGAAUGAAGUGUCUGCACUCAAAGAGGGUAGUGAAGAACUGAAAUUGAAAAUAAGGGAGAAAGAUCACAGAGGGGUACUGCUGGAAAUUGAAAAUUGUGACCUAGCAAAAGCAUUGCAGUUGGCAGAAGAUGAGUUGAAGACUGUUAAAAGUAUGACGGAUCAGCUCAAUCUUCAAGUAAAUGUUGGCAAAAAUCUGUUGUCUGAGAAGGACACUGAGCUUCAGGGAAUGGAACAGAAGCUUUAUCUUACUGAAACUGAGAAAGCUGUGUUACAUCAUAUUUUGAAGAGUGAAGUCGCUACACUCAAAGAGGGUAGUGAAGAACUGAAAUUGAAAAUAAGGGAGAAAGAUCACAGAGGGGAACUGCUAGAAAUUGAAAAUUGUAACCUGGAAAAAGCAUUGCAGUUGGCAGAAGGUGAGUUGAAGACUGUUAAAAUUAUGACGGAUCAGCUCAAUCUUCAAGUAAAUGCUGGCAAAAAUCUGUUGUCUGAGAAGGACACUGAGCUUCAGGGAUUGGAACAAAAGCUUUAUCUUACUGAAACUGAGAAAGCUGUAUUGCAUCAGAUUUUGAAGAACUUGAGCAGAGAACUUAUUGGGAGUAAAAUAAUUAUGGAGGACCAAGAAAAGAAGAUCCUAAAGUUGUGUGCUGACAGUAGCCAACUGCGCACAGAAAACAUGCACCUUUUUGAGGCCAGUCAGUUAUUGCAGGAAGGGCUUCAGCAAUCCUGUGGUGAGCUUGAAAAGCUAAAGAUGCAAGAAGAAGCCUUGCACUCUGAGCUCCAGAAGCAACUGAAUGAGAUUAAGACAUGGAAGUUCGAGAUGGAUGUGCUUUUAGGCGAGUUGCAGGUCUCGAUGUUCUACCAUAUCCUUUACGAGCAGAAGAUUCAUGAGCUUGCAGAAGCAUGUCAAAGCUUUGAUGUUCAAAUCACUUCAAAGGAUAAGGACAUUAAACUUCUGAAAGAAAAAGUGAGCACUUUGGGUACUGAAAAUGAAGGCCUCCACACUCAGCUGGCUGCAUAUCGACCUGCAAUCUUCUCUUUGAGCCAAUGCAUAUCAUCCCUAGAGAAGCACUCCUAUUUGCAUGGGAAACCCAAAAAGCCUGAUAAUGAGGACACAAAGGACAUUAUGGUAGCUCAUCCAGAUGAAAGCACUCGUUUGAAAGACAAUGAAAAUGCUGUGGCAACCGAUGCAUUUUCUGAUCUGCAUGGAUUGGAAAUAAGGGUUCGAGCUAUUGAGAAGGAAUUGGUUGAAAUGGAGCAGCUCGUGGUGAAGGAAAAUGUGAACACGCAUAGCAAACUACAGGCUGCAAUGCAACAGAUUCAGGAGUUAAAGUCAGAGAGCAGCCUGCAUAGAAGAAACUCAGCACCUAAAUCUGAAAUCGAGGCAGAAAAUGGAAUUCUGACCAAGGAUAUUAUGCUUGACCAUGUAUCUGAGUGUUCGUCCUAUAGAAAUGGCAGGAGAGAACAGGCUGAGACGAAUAAUCUUGUUUUUGACCUAUGGGAUACUGCCAGUCUUACUGUUGGUAAAGCAAAGUUGGAUGAUACUCCAAAUGCUGAAAAUGAUAUUGAUUUCCAUAAACGUGUUGUAUCAGUGAAGAAAAUGUGUCAACGUCCUACCUCAGAUGUGCUAGGUGAGAAGUAUUCGGGUGAGGGCAAACUGAACAUCUCAAAGAGAUCAACAGAGUCCAUUCAAGAGGGAAACAAGAGGAAGGUCUUACAGAGGCUUGAUUCUGAUGUGCAGAAAUUAAAUAACCUUCAGAUCACAGUACUAGACUUGAAGAGAGAACUUGAGAUUACUGAGAAGGGAAAAAGGGGUAAAGCUGUGGCUGAAUCAGACACUCUCAAAGGACAGCUAAAUGAAGCUGAGGCUGCUAUUCACAAGUUAUUUGAUCUUACUGGUAAGUUGAUGAAGAACAUGGAAGACAGCUUUGGUUCUGCUGAUAUGAAAUCUGCACUGGAGUCAGAAGAGAUAGGAAAUGUUAGUAGGAGGAGGUGUUCAGAACAGGCACGGAGAAUAUCCGAGAAAAUUGGGCGGUUGCAAUUAGAAGUUCAGAAGUUGCAGUUUGUUUUACUGAAACUCAACGAUGAAAGCACAGGGAAUAGUAGGGCUGCAGAGACAAAAAGAAGGGUUCUACUGCAAGAUUAUCUUUAUGGCAGGGUUAGGAAAAGCAACAAUCGAAAGAAAGCACCAUUUUGUGCAUGCAUCCAGCCUCCAACUCAGGGAGAUUGAAGUUUUAACUGACGUGCAGUUUACAUAUGUUAGUUGACUAGUUUAUAGUUCAUUUUUCACUUGUGUCCAUAAUACUUUUAUAGUUUCGGUAUAAAUAUAUUCAGAACCUUAGCUUCUUGGAGAGAAUUUGUUGUAUAUUCGCGUUCAGCUGAAAGAUGCAGCCUUGUUAUUUACGAACGUUUUCUGGUUUGCUCUAAGCUUGUCUCAAAUAAUUGGGUUGUCCCUGUA